GUGGAUCAUUUUAAAGAACUUUUUCCUGUUUUCUUUGUUCCUGUAAAAGCUCUAAACCUUCACAAUGGAUGCUCCCACACAGACAAAGACAGGCUGUACCCUCUGCACACACUGGCUUUAUCUGCUCCUUUGUGGGAUCCAUCCCCCUGCCUCACAGGGGUCCCUGCAGGUCAUGACACUGGGGCCCAGGAUUGGACCAGACCGGUUGUGUUAUCCAACCAUGUGGCCACUAAAGACGACCAUCAUGAUGAAGAUGGGUCUCUAAGUGGGGCCUUAAACUCCCCAUGUGAAUAUAAGGACUAAACAAAAGAAGAGUGGAUCAUUUUAAAGAACUUUUUCCUGUUUUCUUUGUUCCUGUAAAAGCUCUAAACCUUCACAAUGGAUGCUCCCACACAGACAAAGACAGUUGGAAACCUCCAGUCUCCCUCAGCAGCUAACCUGGCCACGUUGCAGUCCUACAGGCCUCUCCUGAGCGACUACGGGCCUCCAUCUCUGGGAUUCUCACAGGGCUCCUCUGGCAGCCAAGUGCCUCAGAACAAAUAUGCAGAGCUGCUGGCUAUCAUCGAAGAGCUCGGCAAGGAGAUCAGGCCCACAUAUGCUGGAAGCAAGAGUGCAAUGGAGAGACUGAAAAGAGGGAUCAUCCACGCCAGAGGGCUGGUGCGUGAGUGCCUGGCUGAGACGGAGAGAAACGCACGCUCCUAGCUGACGACACAUUCCUCCCCCCCCCCCCCCCCCACAAGAA